UAAUUUCUUUCCUACAACUUCGAUGACCAAUUGAGUCAACAUUUUCACAGAUUAAAUUUAUUAUAAUAUAUACAUUACGUAUACAUAAGUGAGGGUCUUUGACAAUUACUAAUUGUGUCCAGUGCCUUUAAAGUGAGAGUAUACGUCUGGAAUUACUCCAAAAAUUAAAACCUUAAAAUCGUAUGGUAAGAAGCACUGCAGCUGUUGUUAAUCUUUGACAACUUCACAAGAGAAUUUUUGUAAUAUUUCAUAUAUGUUUUUGUUUCCAAUAGACCUUGCCAUCGUUGAUAAACAAACUGCGCUGGUUGGCAUGGCUGGUUCGAAUGUUAGAAAAAACAUUCAAUGCGUUUAACAGAUGAUGUGACAAAAUUCAACAUUUCCGCAAACUUUCAAUUAACAACAAAUAUCUCAUGAUUGGUUGCAUUGUUUUCAUUAAAUUCAAGAUAUUUUUUGUAAUAUUUGUGUAACAUUUGUUGUUACAAUCUGAUUUUGCUUUGGUAUUCACUGCUUCCAAUGGCUUUCCAAGAAACAGGUUACCAGUCAGGGUUACGUUAAGUUAGCCCUGAACGCGUACGCAAAGCACGCACAACAUUGUCAAAACAACCCCAGGGCAUUCAAAGCCGAUGCCAUGGUUUCGAAAAGGUAAUAUCAGAGCUGAUACAUGAAUACGGCUCUGGGCGAUAAUAGUGAGUGUGCCCUCUAUCAUUCAAUCUCCACUCCAUGUCCAAAAUAAGCCUACGGUAUAACAACAACCUUGAGGCAUUGUGCCAUAGUACUAUAUGAACUCGUUACCGUAUAAAAGAAACCGCUCUUCAUAGAAAACUACUUUACAAAAGAUUUGUAAUUAUUCAUAAGCUUAACCUUGAUCUCAACUCAUGGCAACACGAAGUAAACACUCUCUGUGUCACCAUGGGGGAAAUAAUACAUAACCAAGGUGUCACUAAUACAUAUUUUUUAGUAGUGUACCUGAAAGACCGAGUACCAGUUAGAUUUAUACAGAUGUUAGGUUCUUGUGGGACUUGGAGAUACCAAAUUGGCUGAAGGAUGGGGAAUGGAUGUGUAGGAGGAACUGUGGUCAGACCUAAUGGUUACAGGAUAACGGUCAAGACUGGUGAUCAUAAGGGAUCUGGGUCAGAUGCUGACGUUUUCAUGAUCCUCAUAAAAUCCAACGGCAAACGUUCUAAAGAGGUUAAAGUUGGUUGUCGCUGGAAGGACGAUUUUGAAAAGGGAAGCGUAGACCAUUUUGACAUUGAAAAUCCUGAGAUAACAGAAGAAGUUGACAAGAUCGAGAUAAGACUUGGUGAGGGUCCUCUGAAACAGGACUGGUUCGUUGAGACAAUCAGAAUCAAAUACCAAGACUUGCCAGAAGACAGGAGCAGCAUCUUCCCAAUACAUAGAUGGAUCAAAGAUGGAGAGGAACUAAUGGUAGUUAAGAAUGACUCCACCUUGCCGCAAGAAGAUCCUCACAAGAAACAAAGGCUGGACGAACUGGCUAGGAAGAAGGAUAUCUACCAACUAGAGAAGAAGUUUGAUGGGCAGCUGGCAAUACCACAGGUCAAGGAGUUGCCGGUCGAGCAGGAGUUUUCGAACAAAUAUUUCUUUGACGUGUUAGCAAAGCGAGUGGUCAUCUAUAAACUUGAUACAAUUGCUAUCCACUUGACAACCGACCGUUGGACAUCCCUUGAUGACAUCAUCAAUGUCUACAAUGAAACACUACCAGUGCCUUACGGUGUUAAAAAUUGGAGAAGUGACAUGAAGUUUGCAGCUCAGAGACUAAUGGGAUGUAAUCCAGCUCAAAUAUGUCUCUGCACGGAGAUACCAUCAAACUUUGCCGUGACCGACGAAAUGGUGAAACCAAUCAUGGAAGGAAUGACCUUAAAGCAAGCAGUUGAAAAGAAGAAACUCUUCAUUGUCAACUACGAGAUUCUGAAAGACCUCGCUACUACAGAUAACAGACUGGUCUGUGCACCAAUGGCACUCUUCUUCGUUGACAACACAAACACCUUAAUGCCAGUUGCAAUUCAGCUUUAUCAAGACCCAAGCAAUGAUAAUCCUGUAUUUCUACCUACGGAUCCUGAGUACACAUGGAUUCUGGCCAAGAUGUGGUUCAACAAUGCGGAUGGGGCAUACCACGAGGCAGCCACCCAUCUUGGUUUUACUCAUCUCUUGGUAGAGUCCACUGGAGUGGCUGCAAAUCGAUGUCUUUCACCUUCGCACCCAAUCUUCAAGCUUCUGGCUCCACACUAUCUAUACCUGAUGGCCAUUGAUAGUCUGGCCCUGGUUUCCCUCAUCAAUCCCGGUGGUUCAGUGGAUGAGAACAUGAACAUCGGUCAAGUGGGUUUCAUAUCAAUCACUGAGAGAGUAUUUCCAACAUGGCGUCUCAACGUAGAGGGAUCCCUUCCUGCUGAUCUGCGCAAUCGCGGUGCGGAGGACCCGGAUGUAUUGCCAAAUUAUUACUACAGAGAUGACGCCAUUUUGUUGUAUGAAGCCAUCAAGGAGUACGUGGAGUAUGUGGUCAACAAGCGAUAUCAUUCAGCUGAACUCUUAGCUAGUGACAAUGAGAUCCAGGAGUUUGCAGAAACUCUAGUGAGAUCGAAGGAUGAUGGAGGAUGUGGUAUACAGGGAGUCACCGGGAAUGGAAAAUUUAGCACAAACGCCGAGCUGAUCGAUGUGUUGGUCUCAAUCAUUUUCGCUGCCAGUAUCAGCCACGCAGCGGUGAAUUUCAACCAAUAUGAUGAAUAUGGUUUCCCGCCAAAUGCUCCUUUGUGGAUGAGUGGACAACCGCCAACAAAUAAGACUCCAUUGACAGAGCAAGACGUUCUUGACAGUCUACCGAACAAGGAGCGAACCUUAGGAAUUAUGACCUUCACAGCACUUCUCAGCGAGAGGGCAACUCAACGUCUUGGCAACUUCGAGAAGUUGUACCAGACGGAUCCUAUUGGAGGAGAAGCAGUGAGAAGAUUUCAAGACAAAUUGUCUUCGGUUGGAGAUACCAUUCGAUCACGUGAUGCAAAGAGAGACAUCCAUUACCCGUAUCUGGACCCUCGGCAGAUACCAAACGCUAUUAGUAUUUAGAAUGCUAUAGAAAACUUUAUUUUAAAGUUGGUUUUAAGGUAUAUAUGGUGACCCUCAUGUAUCAAGGACUGAAGUCUCGCGCGUAUUCGAACACUGGGACCCGUUUAAAAAUGCGCGAGUUUGUUUCCUUCAUCGUUCAAGCAAUGUGCGUGGGACCAAAAUGACCCCAAAAAUCGAAAUUGCGCAAGACUUGCCAACUUUCUGGGACCUUUACGAAGAUGAGAGUCGUCUUGUUUUUCACUUCGUUCAAACCGGCAGCAAAGACCGAUAGUCUGGAAAACGAGAUAUUAGGUCUGUCGAAUAAUAUUUCAAAGUUACUUAAAAACCAUAGAGCUAUAGGUCUAUGGGGUCCCUCACACUGGAUCAAAGCUGGGACACCUUACACAUUUGUUUAUACUUCACUUAUGUUACGAUCCUCAAAACUGUGUUUCAAUGGUUUCAUCAAGUAGGCCUACCUCAGUGCUUGUCACGCCUGUAUGCUGACUGACACUGGACCGUGAGGCUACAUUUUUGUAUAAACAACCAUCGUUGGUGGCUAUUUUAUUCUUAACAAUCAAUCUGAA